CUGCCGGAAGCGGAAAUAGUACCCGGCUCCGCCUGAGUAGCAGAAUUACCACCGCGAUGCCGAAGGGUCCCAAGCAGCAGCCGCCGGAACCCGAGUGGAUCGGGGACGGAGAGAGCACUACCCCCACAGAUAAAGUAGUGAAGAAGGGGAAGAAGGACAAGAAGAUCAAAAAGACGUUUUUUGAAGAGCUAGCAGUAGAAGAUAAACAAGCUGAGGAGGAAGAGAAAAUACUCAAGGACAAGGAGCAGCAGCAACAGCAGCAGCAGCAGCAAAAAAAGAAACGAGACACUCGAAAAGGCCGGCGAAAGAAGGAUGUGGAUGAUGAUGGAGAGGAGAAAGAGCUCAUGGAGCGUCUCAAGAAGCUCUCAGUACCAGCCAGUGACGAGGAGGAUGAAGUACCUGUUCCAGUACCCCGAGGAGGGAAGAAAACCAAGCCUGGUAAUGCUUUUGCAGCCUUGAUUCAGGAUCAGAGUGAGGAGGAAGAAGAGGAAGAAAAAUGUCCUCCUAAGCCUGCUAAGCCAGAGAAAAAUCGGAUCAAUAAGGCUGUAUCUGAAGAACAACAGCCAGGAGUCAAAGGCAAAAAAGGAAAAGAGGAUAAAUCAAAGGGGAAAGCCAAGCCUCAAAAUAAAUUUGCUGCUCUGGACAGUGAAGAGGAAGAGAUUGAAGAAGAAAUAACUAAAGAAAAGGAGCCACCGAAACAAGUGAAAGAGAAGGCCAAGAAGACAGAACAGGACUCAGAGGAAGAAGGAGAAGAGGAGGAAGAAGGGGAGUCUAAGGCCAAUGACCCUUAUGCUCACCUUAGCAAAAAGGAGAAGAAAAAGCUAAAGAAACAGAUGGAAUAUGAACGCCAGGUGGCUUCUUUAAAAGCAGCCAAUGCUGCUGAAAAUGACUUUUCUGUGUCACAAACUGAGGUGUCCUCCCGACAAGCAAUGUUAGAAAAUGCAUCUGAUAUCAAGCUCGAGAAGUUCAGCAUCUCUGCCCAUGGAAAGGAAUUAUUCGUCAAUGCAGACCUGUACAUUGUAGCAGGCCGCCGCUAUGGGCUAGUCGGGCCCAAUGGCAAGGGCAAGACCACUCUCCUCAAGCAUAUUGCCAACCGGGCCCUUAGCAUCCCUCCCAACAUUGAUGUGUUGCUGUGUGAGCAGGAGGUGGUAGCGGAUGAGACACCGGCAGUGCAGGCUGUUCUUCGAGCUGAUACCAAGAGGUUAAAGCUGCUGGAAGAGGAGAGGCGCCUACAGGGACGAUUGGAGCAGGGGGAUGACACAGCUGCUGAGCGGCUGGAGAAGGUGUAUGAGGAAUUGCGGGCUAUGGGGGCAGCAGCUGCAGAAGCCAAAGCUCGUCGGAUCCUGGCAGGUCUGGGCUUCGACCCUGAAAUGCAGAAUCGGCCCACACAGAAGUUCUCUGGGGGUUGGCGAAUGCGUGUCUCUCUAGCCAGAGCACUGUUCAUGGAGCCCACACUGCUGAUGUUAGAUGAACCCACUAACCACCUGGACCUCAAUGCUGUCAUCUGGCUCAAUAACUACCUCCAGGGCUGGCGGAAGACACUGCUCAUCGUCUCCCAUGAUCAGGGUUUCUUGGAUGACGUGUGCACUGAUAUUAUCCAUCUUGAUGCUCAACGGCUCCAUUACUACAGGGGCAAUUACAUGACUUUCAAGAAAAUGUACCAACAGAAGCAGAAGGAACUCCUGAAGCAAUAUGAAAAACAGGAGAAGAAGUUAAAGGAGCUGAAGGCAGGUGGCAAGUCUACCAAGCAGGCAGAAAAACAAACAAAGGAGGCCCUAACUCGAAAGCAGCAAAAAUGCAGGCGGAAAAAUCAGGAUGAGGAGUCGCAGGAAGCUCCUGAGCUCCUGAAGCGCCCCAAGGAGUACACUGUUCGCUUCACAUUCCCUGACCCCCCACCGCUCAGUCCUCCUGUGCUGGGCCUGCAUGGUGUGACGUUUGGCUACGAGGGGCAGAAAGCACUCUUUAAGAACCUGGAUUUUGGCAUUGACAUGGACUCAAGAAUAUGCAUCGUGGGCCCUAAUGGCGUGGGGAAGAGCACCCUGCUCCUGCUGCUGACGGGCAAACUGACUCCAACUCGUGGGGAAAUGAGAAAGAACCACCGACUGAAAAUUGGCUUCUUUAACCAGCAGUAUGCAGAGCAGCUGCGCAUGGAGGAGACGCCGACUGAGUACCUGCAGCGGGGAUUCAAUUUGCCCUACCAGGAUGCUCGAAAGUGCCUCGGUCGCUUUGGCCUUGAGAGUCAUGCCCACACUAUUCAGAUCUGCAAACUCUCUGGAGGGCAGAAAGCCCGAGUUGUGUUUGCAGAGUUGGCCUGUCGGGAGCCCGAUGUCCUCAUUUUGGAUGAACCCACCAACAACUUGGACAUUGAGUCCAUCGAUGCUCUGGGAGAGGCCAUCAAUGAAUACAAAGGUGCCGUGAUUGUCGUCAGCCAUGAUGCCCGACUAAUCACGGAAACCAACUGCCAGCUAUGGGUGGUGGAGGAACAGAGUGUUAGCCAAAUUGAUGGUGAUUUCGAGGACUACAAACGGGAGGUGUUGGAGGCCCUGGGUGAAGUCAUGGUCAACCGACCCCGAGAGUGAACUUUCCUCCCUGGACGUCUCCUGAAAGACAAGUUGUGUGGCCUAGUCCUCUGCGUCUCCCUCUUGCCACUCUCACCAAUGGUCUGCAGCUGACCCAUCAACUACUUGGAUACAUGAAGGUGGAGUGGGUCUUUAUGUGCCAGGACACCACAUUGACUGGUUCCUUUUCAGUGAAAGACUUGUCUAUUUCACAUUCUUCAGAAAACUGAGCUGGCCUUAUUCUUGAUAUAUACUCUGUCUACCAGCAGAUGUGACUGUCCUGCUUGUGGGGUUCCAUUCAACCAAACUUCUGGCUAGUUGUUGUGACACUGUUUUAUCACUCAGAAGCUUCAGACCCAACUACCACCCUGACAUUUGAGUGGUGCUGCCACCCUCUUUUGCUGGAUGUGUAUAAUGCUGACUUAGUGAUACAGCUCAGGAGUUGAGGGGAAUGUUGAGGCAUGUGCUGUGUCACCCAAGGCUUAGUGCCUGAGAUUUGUCUCUGGUCUAAUAGGUUUGUGGACAGGAAAGGAAUGAUGCUUAACAUGAAUUUCCCUUUACAAGGGAAAGAAAGAAAGAAAAGGAAUUGCCACCACCCUGUAACUUUCUAGAAAUUAAUGAAAACUGGAAUUCUUCAUUCUUCAUUUAUUUGAUUCCAUUUUUCUAGUGCAUUCUGUGUAUCUUCUCUUCCCCACUAACAUGGAUGGUAUUCUGUAGAUGGUCCUUGCAUAUACAUUAUACGUUUAGAUGGUGUUUGAGCAGCCUCGCCCCCCCCCCCCCAACCUUCAGACAGUGAAAAUGGAAAGUGAUUUAUUCCUUCAAUCUAGGACACUUAAAUCUCACUGUCCAAGCUCUACCAUGAGGUCAGAUAUUCCCAGUGAGCUGAUCCUCUGAAAAGUUACGUGAUCAGCAGACAUUUACUGUGUGGGGUGGAUUUGAAGGUUCAUAAGAAGGGUUUGGAGCCGGGCAGUAGCACAGUGAGUUAAAAGCACAGGGCAGGAAGCACAAGGACCCUCAUAAGGAUCCCAGUUGCAGUUCUGCAGGUGUCUAUCUUUCUCUCUCCCUCUGUCUUCCCCUCCUCCCUUGCUCAGUUUCUCCCUGUCCUAUCCAACAACGACAGCAAUAACAAUCAGAGCAACAAAAGAGGAAAAACAGCCUCCAGGAGCAGUGGAUUUGUAGUGCAGACACCAAACCCUAGCAAUAACCCUGGAGGCAAAAAAAAAAAAAAAAUAUAUAUAUAUAUAUAUAUAUAUAUAUAUAUAUAUAUAUAUGCCAACUGGAGGUGUACCUGGCUAAGUGAAUAUUAUUACCAUGUACAAGCACCCAGGUUCAAGUCCUAGGUUCCUAUCUGCAGGGGGAAUGUUUCACAAGUAGUGAAGCAGUGCUGCAGGUGUAUCUGUCUUUCCCAACCCACUCACUCUCAACUUCUCUCUGUUUUGUCAAAUAAAAUUAAAAAAUAAUAAUAAUAGAAGAAGGGAAAAGACAAAGGUCUGCCUUCAUGAAGAGUCCAGUUAAAGACUUAAAAAGAGUGGUCCAGGGAGUUGGGUGGUAGUGCAGCCGGUUCAGCGUACAUGGCACGAAGCGCAAGGGCUGGUUUAAGGAUCCCGGUUUGAGCCCACAGCUCCCCACCUGUAGGGGAGUCAUUUCACAGGCGGUGAAGCAGGUCUGCAGGUGUCUUAUCUUUCUCUCCCCUUCUCUGUCUUCCCCAUAUCUCUCCAUUUCUCUCUGUCCUAUCCUACAACAAUGAAAAAUUUUUAAAAAAAUUUUUAAAAAGGAGUGGUCCGGGAGGUGGCACAGUGGAUAAAGCACUGGACUCUCAAACAGGAGGUCCUGAGUACAAUCACCGGCAGCACAUGUACCAAAGUGACAUCUGGCUCUCUCCUCCUAUCUUUCUCAUUAAUAAAUAAAAUAUUUUCAAAACCAAAAAAUAUAUAUU